AUGGCGGCAGCGGCAAUGACCGGCGCCGUGGACCCCCCAUGGCCUCGCUCCUUCCGUCUGAAGCCAAAGCCCAAUGGCUCGCGGGUGCUGUUCAGCCACGAUUGUUUCCAGGGUCCGCGAGAUCUACCCCCUGAGGUUCUUUACAGCGACAACUUGACCAAAUCCGAACAAUUGGCGUGCGACUUUCUCGAUGAGGCUGUUGUCGGAUUUGACAUGGAGUGGGUUUGGCCAGAAACAGAAGUUCUCAAGGGAAGAGUUGCGCUCAUCCAGGUUGCGAGCGAGAGCAAAAUAGCCUUGUUUCACAUCGGACGUCAUGACGGAGAUGCAGCCGAACAGCUCAUUGCGCCGUCGUUGCGCACGCUCAUCGAGAGCCCCACUGUACUGAAGACUGGCCAAUCUAUCAUGGGAGAUUUCUGGCGAUUCAACAAGUACUUUCAGCUAGAACCCAAGGGCGCCAUGGAGUUGAGCUAUUUUCAGGUGCUGGUCAAUCCAGGCAGGCCAAGCUUUGAUUCUUCAUAUUUUCCAGGAGGUCUCAGAGGCCUGGUCGAAAAGUACUUCCCGGGAUACACGCUGAAGAAAACAGAGCACAUGCACAAGGACUGGUUGGCGCCGCUUGAAACAAACCAAGAGCUUAUACAGUACGCCGUUGCAGAUGCAUAUGCAGGACUUAUGAUCUACCAUCGGCUGAAUGCGCUACGACUAGACAUGAAGCCUUGUCCGCCCCUACCAGCACGGGUAGAAGAGACCAGGACCUACAGCGAAUAUACUUCUGGUCUUCUGCCUGAGCCUAAGCCACUCUAUCUACAAUCCAUUCACCCGAAUGGCCCGAGCUGA